AUGGUCAGAUGGAGUGAAGCGCCACGGCGAUGGAGUGCACGAGGAGCAAGCAGAAGACCGUUAAGGAGACCGCCGGUGUCCGCCAGAAGACGGACAACUGGCAGCUUCGAUGUGGAGAACGGGGGUGGUGCGGGCGGAGUGGGGGGCGCGCGGUCUCCUCUCGAGGGAGGCUCGCCGUCCACCGCGCUCGUCCUGCAGGCCAUGCCGCAGCGCCGCGAGUCCUUCCUCUACCGCUCAGAUUCCGAUUUCGAAAUGUCGCCAAAAUCAAUGUCGAGGAACAGCUCGAUCGCCAGCGAAAGAUUCAAGGAGUCCGAGGCGGCACAACUGGACAGAGCGUACGUAUAUUAA